CGAGGACAAGAAGAACAUCCACUCAUAAUUAUCACACACGCUAAGCGACUGAGGGGAGGGAGAGAGAUCUCGACUCACCCAAACCCACCCUUUCUCCGGUCUCCUUCGCGAGAGGAGAGAUCUCUAUCAGUUUUUGGUGUUUCCCGAAUCGCGCAUCCAAGUCCGACGGGCGAGACGAGGAAUACUGAUCCACCGAUCCAAUCCCAAGCGGAGGGGGAGGAGGAGGAGGAGGAGGAGAAGAAGAAGAAAAGGCGAAGGGGGGAAGAAAUCCUAGAUCCGUUGUUUUCUCCUCGUAAUUUUCUUGUAAUUUGUUCUUGGAGGGGUAGAUCUGAAAGAGCAAGGAGAAAUGAGCGAGGGAGGGUUUCUCGACAUCCAGCCGACGGAGCUUAAAUUCCCUUUCGAGUUGAAGAAGCAGAGCUCAUGUUCCAUGCAGCUGAUUAACAAGACAGAUCAAUAUGUUGCCUUCAAAGUUAAAACAACCAACCCGAAGAAAUAUUGUGUCCGCCCUAAUACUGGGGUCGUCUUACCCAGGGCCACCUGUGAUGUCACCGUCACGAUGCAAGCACAAAAGGAGGCUCCACCUGACAUGCAAUGCAAAGACAAGUUCCUACUUCAGAGUGUUAUCGCAGAAAAUGGUGUGACAACCAAGGACAUAACAUCCGAAAUGUUCAAUAAAGAACCCGGUAAGGUUGUUGAUGAGUUCAAGCUGCGGGUAGUAUGUGUUCCUGCUAGUCCUCCCUCACCUGUUCCUGAGGAAUCAGAAGAAGGAUCCUCACCAAGGUUGUCAACAUUUGAAAAUGGGGCCCAAAGUUUAAAAACACUUGAUUCUGUAUCAAGAGCUAAUGAACCCCCAAGAGAGAAAUCAUCGGAGGCAUUGGCUAUGAAUUCAAAAUUGCCCGAAGAGAAAAAUUCUGCCAUUCAGCAAAAUCAGAAGCUCCGACAGGAACUGGAUCAGCUGAGAAAAGAACGCAACGGGCACUAUGGCAGCUUCAGUGUCACAUUUGUAGUCUUGGUGGGUCUUCUAGGUGCUCUUAUUGGGUAUAUCAUCAAGAAGUCAUAGAACAGAAGACAAAAAUGAUGAGUCUACCACAUGAGCAAGAUUCCUGCCUUGUAAGCAUAGCGAAGGAAGAACACAAAAAGAUCCCCGAACAUUAACCGGUUCUGUUCUUAAAGCUUGUCAUCGAUCUGUUGUCAGAGUAUUUCUAGCAGACUGGCGAUAAUUAGAUCUAUCGAUAUCCAAAGCAAGUGGAUUGGCGGAAUUAGAUGGCGGAGCAUAAGAAGAGUAGCGUUGGAUCACUUGCAAUAGCAACUACAUAAGUUUCAUGCUGUAAUACAUCUCAUGCAUGGCAACACGCUUCCUCUGUCAGCUCCACCCCGGCCAUGCUGUCGUCGUCCACCACCGCUCGCUGCUCCUUGUACACGUACCACUUGGCCGCUACCAGAUAGAGCACCAGGUUCACGGAGCUCAGCACCGCGACCAGCCAGUAGAAGUUGUAGAGCUUGCCGCGGUUGAGGUUGUCGGUGAGCCAGCCACCGUGGCCGCUCUCCCCCGUCACCUUGUGCACCACCGACACCAGCACGGAGCUGACGAAGAAGCCCAGCGACAGUGUGCUCAGGAACAGCCCGGUGCUCAUGGUCUUCAUCCCCUUGGGGCACUCCCUCAAGAAGAAGUCGAGCUGGCCGAUGUACGUGAAGGCCUCGCCGGACCCCACGAGGAAGAACUGCGGGACGAGCCAGAAGACGCUCACGGGGACGGUGGCACCCUUCUCCAGCGACGUCGGGUUCGCUCGCGCCACCCGGAGGCGCUUGAUCUCGAUGAGGGCGGCGGCGACCAUGGCCAGGAUGGACAUCACGAGGCCGACCCCCAUGCGCUGCAGUGAGGUGAGACCGUGGGGGUUUCCGGUGAAGCGGCGGGUGACGGGGACGACGACGCGGUCGUAGACGGGCACGGUAAGGAGGAUGGAGCCGACGAAGAAGACGGUGAGGGAGCCUGGCGGGAUCUGGAAUGAGCGGCCGAUGCGACGGUCCAUGGUGGUGGCUUGUGACACGGAGAAGGUGGUCAUCUGGGCGUACACGGUCCAGAACAUGAUGGUGGUGGCCCAAAUGGGGAGCAUCCGGAUCACUAUCUUCACUUCCUCCACAUCCGUCAGGGUCGCGAGCUGCCACUUGGUGGGCUUCGCCGUCGAAAGGUUGACGUCGAUCGCUGCCCUAUCCAGGCAGCUGCAAGGAUGCAAGAACGAGCAGAUGACGAGUGAGGAGUGGGAGAACCCAAGGACAUGAAUCGGUGCGACUGGUUGGUGCAUGACCGCAGGGCCAUCUACCCCAUUUCUAGCAGUACAAUAUCGGAUGAUAGCAGGGAAAUGAAUGCAUCUAUAUAAGAUUCAUUAUGUGUAGUGAUUUCAUUUAA